AUGCCACAGUCAUGCUCAAACCCAUGGUUAUGGCCGAACAAGCCUUGGGAACGUGUACAUAUUGACUACGCAGGACCAUUCUUAAACAACAUGUUCUUAGUCGUUGUGGAUGCCCAUUCCAAAUGGCUGGAUGUUGUAAGAAUGUCGUCAACGAGCGCUGAGAGCACCAUCAACGCGCUUCGAUACAUGUUUUCCUCAUAUGGACUACCGAAAGAGAUAGUAUCAGACAAUGGACCUCAGUUUGUCGCGGCUGAGUUUGAAUCUUUCCUAAAGAAUAACGGUAUUAAGCAUACCAAAUCAGCGCCUUACCACCCAAGUUCAAAUGGUGAAGCCGAAUGUGCAGUUAGAACCUUUAAGACUGGUAUGAAAAACUUGGAAGAUGAGGAAGGAACAUUAAACCAGAAGCUGGCAUCAUUCCUAUUGUCAUACAGGACAACUCCUCAUACUUUGACCAAGGUCACACCAGCUGAGUUAUUCAUGGGCAGGAAGCUCAGAACUCGUUUGGACAUUAUAAGACCAAAUUUGAAACUGUCAGUUCAAUUACGAAAUCAACAACAUGUCAAGAAAGAUCGCACAAUGGAGGUUGGAGACUUGGUUAUGGUACAUGACUACAGAGGUCAAAAGCGGAAACCAUCAUGGGUUCGUGGACUUAUUCUGCAGAAGCUAGGACCAGUUACCUACACCGUACAGGUUGGAGAAUUACAGUGGAAAAGACAUAUUGAUCAGAUGAGAGCAUGUCAUCCAGAUUGUGUUGUGGAUGAUUAUCAAAACAAGUCGCAUUUGCAGGAUAUCAUUGACUUACCAUCAUAUUUUCCUCGCGAAGAGAUAACGCGUGCACCUAUGGUUCCUUCAAGUGAGUCGAUCACUCCAUCUAUGAUUUCAUCUCCAACUCUCAAACGCUCUAUUACAAAUGAGAGUCGCGAAACCAUGCCAAAGACUGUGGAAUCUAUUCCUUCAUGUGAUAAAUCUGGAUCCAUGGCAACAGAGUCGCGAUUUCCGCGUCGUGAACGUUCAAAACCAAACAGGUUAAUUGAAACCAUGUGA